CUUCUCUGUUCUCUGUUCCUCAUACCCAUCCCUUGUUGCAGGCAAAUCACACGAUGUCCCACGAACUCUCACCUCUCUUCGACCUCGAAAAUACUCCCGCCUCGCCAAUCUCCCCUUCUCUCGCAUCAUCUCCUCCCUCUUUACCCUCCAGCAAACUCAAGCGCCUCUCUUUAGUCGCGAAACCGAGAACGUCGUCUCUUGAUAUUGAGAGGGAAAUACCGGUAUCCGCAGCUUAUGUGCGAAGUUUGACACCAACAACGAUACCCUCUACACCAACUAACAAUCCUCGUCGAAUCCGACAUUCUGUCAUCGGAAACCCAGCUGGAAUUACAUAUUCGCCUUCGCCAGCCGGAACAGCAGGAAGACCAAGUGCAAGUUCCAUGGGUUUGAAAAAUGGGGAAAGCGUUCAUAGUUCAAGGGGAGCCUAUAUCCAAAGUCCCUACGGGAGCUCGAUCAACGUUAGACACGAGGGGGUCGAAGCUGACCGUCAAAGGGUCAGUGAAAGUGAGGAGUCACAAACGCUUGACCCUCAAACAUUCAUGAAUAGACAUGCCGAUCUCUUACGACUUAUUGCGCAGAAAGAACGUCGGGUGCACGAGCUGAGAGACGAACUUCAACAACAAGAAUCGUCCCUCGAAUCACUCAAAGCCCAAUGGUCCUCCCUUGUUUCACUUGCUGCACCAUCCUCUGCCGCUCGACCUCGACCUGCAACCCCUAUAUCACCCUCCCGCCUGCGCCAUCCUCGGACGCGCGGUAGUCUAGCCUCGACCUCAACAUCCUUCUCCACCUCUGAAUCAGUCACCCCAUCUUCCUCUUCUCUCGCUACUAUUGGCGGGUCUUCCACAAAUUUGCACCGUCAUUCUUCCUCCUCAUCACGCAUGCUCACCCAACCCAAUCCCAGCGACAAUGUCAACGGUGGAGGAGGGUUAGAAAAAGCCUUAUCAGGUAUAAUAACCCAUACAGAAGAAUAUCUCGGCCCCGAAGUCGUGCAAGGGGGAAUCAAGUUUCUGGGUAACUUGUGGAAAACGGUGGGAGCUGCUGCUGGGGGAACUGUUCCCGUGCCGCCAAUCGCAGAAGGGGAGGGAGAUACACGAGGGAGAGAAGAGAAGUGUUUGAUGAAUGAAGCUGAGGAACAGGAUGAAACGAAAGAUCAUUGCAAGUCCGACGGGUCCAAGUUUUGAUUUAUCCGGCUUGCAAAAUAUGAUAGCGGUUGCACCCUGGAAAUCGCCAAAAUUUCCCCGUCAAAAUCAGGAUCAGAACUAUAGCCAGGGCCAGACGCAGACUCCAAAUCUAAGCGCUUCAUCCUUUCCAUCCCCUCGACCGCACAGCACUCCUUGUCCAUCUUCAUCACCUUUGUCAUCACCAAGCCAGAACGAAACCAAGCGUCGUGAUUAAUAGUGCAGAAGUCCAGGACAGGGAACUGAGAAUGGACGAUGAAGAACGUGAAAGUCUGCACUCUGGAGGUGGAACGGAAGAGCGAUGGUUGGGUUAUCAUAAUAAGGGGCUAGGAGCAGCAGGGCAAGGACGUCGGGAUGAUGGCUGAAGGAAAGAGGAAGUUGUUUUGAAGGUUAGGAAGAGUGAUAUCAUUGUAAAGGGCAUAUUCUAUUCUGUUGUAUAAACGAAUCACUGCG